AUGGUGAAGUGGUAUGAACAAGGUGUGUGUCCUAACAACAAAUGGGAAAUAUUCAACGGGAGCAAGCUACAACUCAUUGUUAGGGGUCCAAGGAAGAUGAGAAUUGCUGAAUUCAUCUGGAACAAAAUUUCUCAACCAAGGCAUCGAUUCAUAAUUUGGUUAGCUGUGCAGGGCAGAUUGCUGACUAAAGACAGACUACGAAGGAUGACUAUAUCAAUGGAUAACACAUCAUGUAGUUUAUGUGAUGCUCAAAUUGUAGAGACACAAAAGCAUCUGUUUUCUAAUUGUGUAUGGACUAGAGGAAUCAUUACAGAGAUGUCGCAAUGGUCCGGGAUGCUGAUUCCAACAGGAGAUGUGAAACAAGUGCUUGAGAAAAUUAAGAGAGAGAAUUGGAAACAACUGAAAAAGGAGAUAACCGCAGCACUUUGGGCCUCAGUAGUGUAUCAUGUGUGGCAGGCUAGGAACUGGAAAUUGUAUAGAGGAGCAAAGAUGACUAUAGGUACAACAGUUACUUAG